AUAAAACGGCAGAGUAUUUUCCGGAAUGAUGCAAACUUUCGUUGCAAGCAUACUGCGCUGUGCUUAAUAAAAUUAUCUCCUAAAUUUUAAUUAGGUCUAUUACCCUUGUACCUAAAACUAAAAAGAUAAAGAUUCUUUCAUCAAAAUCAAAUAUGGCUGAAAAUGCAAAGGGGAGCAUAAAAACCCCUGGGACUAAAAAGACCCCUGAAGUGAAGAAAACCCCUGAAUCAAAGAAAACCCCUGAAGGAAAAAAGACUCUUGAAACUAAAAACACACUUGAAACUAAAAAGACCCCUGAAGGAAAAGAGACCCCUGAAACAAAAGAGACCCCUGAAACAAAGAAGACCCCUGAUCAUGUCGAGGGUAAGAAAAAACAUAAGCAGAAGAAGCCAAAAGCGGAAAAGAAAACAGACAAUGCCAUAGCUCCUGUACUAGCCAGUGUUCCUGAACCCAAAAUUGGUACAACAGAAAAAGCAGUGGUGGACACUGCCCAGCAAGAAAAUAAUUCAACUACAGAGCAGAAAUCAAAAGAACAGUUAAAAGCUGAAAGAAGAGCAAUACAGGAAGCUCAAAGGGCAGCUAAAGAGGCCAAAAAAGUAGAGGACUGUCCAGCACAGAGCAAAGGUAGUUCUGGCAAGGACAAAGAUUCAGUUAUAGUUACAGACCAGAUUAAAAGCACAGGAGAUAAAAUAGGAGAAUCCAACAAUUCAGAGCAAAAAUCCAAAGCACAGCUUAGGGCAGAGAGGAGAGCCAUUCAGGAGGCUCAGAGGGCGGCCAAAGAAGCAAAAAAAGUAGAGAGCACUCCAGCCCCUACCACUGCCAACACUGUUGCUGCAGUAAAGAAGGAGGUAACUAAGGAUAAAACAGUUGAGAAAAAACCUAAGAAAGCUACACCCAAAAAGGAGGUGGUGCGAACUAGGAAAGACAUAGAAAUAAUUGGCAAAAACCUGAAGGUAGAUAAUAAAGUUCUGGAGCUGGGCCUUCAGUAUUUUAGUCAUGACAUCAUUGGAGCUAAUGCAAGGUGUGUCGCCAUGUUGAAAACACUACAAGAGGUGAUUGGUAACUACAAAACACCAGACAAGCACAUCUUGUCUAGAGAUAUAGAAAAAAGCUGCAUCAACCCCUGCCUAGAAUAUUUCAACCAAUGCCGACCUCUAAGUAUAAGUAUGGACAACGCAAUCAAAUACCUAAAAUACUACAUCAGUUUGCUGCCUGAUAACAUGAAAGAUGAAGUGGCCAUCAAUAACCUUCAGGCAUUGAUUGAGAGGUUUUAUAAUGACAAAAUACAAAUAGCAGCUGUAGCCAUUGCUGAAUAUGCCACAGGAAAGAUAAACAAUGAUGAUGUCAUCUUAGUUUAUGCAGGGUCCUCUCUAAUAAUGCAAGUUUUAACAAGAGCACACAAGGCAGGCAAACGUUUUCGUGUGAUUGUUGUUGAAGGCAGGCCACGCACAGAAGGUAAAACAAUGCUACGUUAUCUAGUACGCUGUGGAAUACCUUGUUCCUAUGUCUACAUCGGCUCUGCAACGUAUGUCAUGAGUCAGGUGACCAAAGUUUUCCUGGGUGCUGCCGCCAUGUUUGCCACAGGUGACAUGUACUCCAGGUGUGGCAACUCCAUCAUUGCCGCUCUGGCCAAGGCCAACAAGAUCCCAGUCCUGGUCUGUUGUGAGACGUACAAGUUCACAGACAAGGUCCAGCUCAGCUCUGGGGAUAAUAAUUUACAUGCCACAACAGAUCUGGUCAAAAUCGGCAACAGAAUCCCCAUCCUCUGCAACCACCAGCAGCUGGGUCUGGGGCUGUCCAACAUCAUGUACGACCUCACGGGGUCCAAGUACAUCACCUGUUUGAUCAGCGAGCUGGGCGUGGUCAUCAGCACGGCCGUCCCUGCCAUCCUCAGGCGGCAGGAAGAUUUGCUGGAGACUGUCUUCCCUGUCUUGGAUGUGUCUUGAAACCAUAGUAACGCAGUGUGGUAUUUAUAAUGAAUGGGUCACUUUUUAUAUUACGAUGGACUGGAUUUGUAUAUGAGAUUGUCGUAAAUAGAACUUUAGGGCCAAAUAAGUAGUUUUGAAAAACUAUUUAUUUUAUAGUGAUUAUGAGACGAAUCGUUUUUUUUGAAAGAAAUAAUUUCGAUACAGAUUUCAAAUUUGCUUCAUUGCCUGGUGCAUUGAGUCACUUAUACACCUGUAGUUGAUUUUUGUGACCAAUCAUUAAACAUUUUUAACUCUGAUUUCAAUGGUGUGACAACUGUUGGGAAUCCAACCAUUAUCCUUGUGUAAUGAUAAAUUUACUGUUAAUUAUGUGUAAAAGAUAGCUCUGAGAAAUAUCAAAUAUCAAGUCUGACUUCUGAAUACCAUCUGUAUUUGUAUAAGACAAUCUGAUCACAUUAAGUUAGAUAUUUUUUAAAUUGCCCCAUGGAAAUGUGCUCUCAAAUGAGUAAUUUAUUGGAAAUAACUAUAAUCUUUAAAACUAAUAUAUUAGAAAUAACUAAAUUCUUAAAAAUUAAUUUAUGAGAAAUAAAUAAAAUCUUAAAAAAUAAUUUAUUAGAAAUAACUAAAAUCUUCAAAAAUUAAUUUAUUAGAAAUGAAUAAAAUCUUAAAAAGUAAGUUAGUAGAAAUAAUUAAAAUCUCAAAAACUGUUGUCCCAGAUGACCUCCUCAGCUUUGGAUCAAAACGGUUGGAGGUGCACAAAGUGACUCAUUCCAUCAUGUAGUGUCAAAAUGUUAUUAGAUGUUUCUGUUGUUUAUACAUGAUCAUAAUUUCUCGUAUUAUAUAUAAUUUGUUUGUUGCUAUUUGUUUAUUUGUACAAAAAUCUAAUGUCUUUUGCAUUGAUAGAAAUUUCUAUGUAUAGUACGAACUGAUUUGUGAGUAUACAAUCCACAAAAUUUGUCAUAAGACACACAAUAUCUUUUUUUUUAAGUUUACAAACUGCUGUUGCUCUUUCUUGUGAUGUAUCAUUUCAGGCAUUAUGUGUAUUAUUUGGGGCAUACUGUUAAGGGUAUACUGAUAUUGGCGUACUGUCUGAGGUGUUUACAUAGUGAUGAACUUAUUGGGGCAUAAUGUUUGUAUGUGGUGGACUAUUUGGGGCAUAUGGUUAGUGGCUUAUCAAAUGUGACAUACGGUUGGUGACAUACUAUUAAGUUAAUUAAGGUUGUUAUGUAGUGUUAGUGGCAGAUUUACUAUUGCUAAUACCAGGGUUUAGCAUUUCCAGGGACAGCCUCAUGUCGCUCAUUCUACAAAUCAAUUUGUCUUGUUGGAUAUAAAUCAAAAAUAUUAUUUAAUCUAAGAAUAAGAAUAAAGAAUAUACAUCGGAAUUAUGUGUAGUUUUGGUCUGCUAAUUAAAGUAUAAAAUGCAUAGAGCAAAACUUAGAUUGUGGUUCAUUAAAUUAAUGUAAACAGGCAGAGUUGAUUGGAUCAACUCCUGACUGUUGGGCCUGUGUAACAUGCUGUUUUCUUUUACUUUGAAACUAUUUGACUCCUGUAUAAAUCAAUGUGUUGUGGGACUUGAGUUAAUAAUGCUCUUAUAUUAGCUUGUAUUAUUUGUAGAAAAUUAAAAGUUGUAACUUGAGUGAAUGAUGCUCUUAUUUUAGCUUGUAUUAUAUGUAGAAAAUCACAAAUUGCAAACACUUCUAGUAUCUUUUUUUUUCAAAAGUCAAAAUUUUGAUUCUUCUAUGAAUCAAACUGAAUAUAUUAGUCAACCUGCUAUCUCUUUGUUUGUUAAAUUCAAUGUUCUGUUUUUUUGAAGCACUGAGAUGUAAAACAAUUUAUUCAAGCAUAAGUUAUUUUGUUAGUUAAAAGUAAUAAAUAAAAGUCUGGAUAAAAAAAUUCAAAAUGUUCAACAAAAUUAAAAGUUGUCUGUUUUUAACUUUAAAGCAGACAUAAUCAAUAGUUCUUAGCAUAACAAGACUGAGAUACCAAGUCUAUAUUUUAUACUAGUCUCUCUUGUAUUUAACUUAUGCUCUGUGGUAACUGAUGAUGUUUUCAACUAGAACAUUGAUUUAAAUUUUUAUUGUCGUUAAUGCUAUCCCAUGUGUUUAUAUGACUUGUCUUGUAUCAAGAUCUACAAAAACUCCCUUAAAAUUAUCUUUUAUUGAGUUUUAUGUAAGUAAUGAAAAAUAAGUUUUGGUUUUGGUUAAGAUUGCAAUUUUUUUAUAUAUAGACGGAAAUAAUUUAAUUUACUUAGUACAUAAUAAAUAAUAAUUUGAUUGGUCAAAUUUCAUGAAAAACAUUUUGAAU